UCGCUCAUCGUAAAAGAUUCAAGCGCGGAAUAAUUUAUACUAAAGUAAAAUAUUGUUCACGGUCGUGCGUGUGUAGGUGUUAUCAACAAAUGAGCUGCUAAUUUUUGUUGUAAUGAUUGAAUUAAGUGAAAUGUGAUUCUGAUUAGGUCAAAAGAUAAGGAGAGAGAAUAAAAGAAUAUCAUAAACAAAUUGAAAACCACAGUGAUGAAAUGUACAGAAAUGAAGUCAUGUGUUGUUAACUGAGCUUUCUAAAUGUUAACACUCAUUAAAUCAUUGGAUAAAGUUCAUAAUGAUAUACUUUCUGAAUUACCACCAAAUUAUUCUUGUAUGAAAACCGUGCGCUGCUAAAAUCCACAAGAAAAAUUAUCUCAAUUUGCAUUCAAAAUUUCACAAACGUUCAUUGUGGCUUCAUGUUGUUUCGGGAUGGGUUGUUCGCCCUCAAUACUCUCAUCACUCUCCAAUAACAAUAAUCGAAAGGAUAGCGGAUUAUACUGUAGUAAUAAUAGUGAAACGAAUAGUGCUAAUAAUAAAAAUGACAUUAACAUUGAUUCGAACACGUCCACUGCAUUAGCAAACCAAAUUUUGGUUCAAUCCUCAGUUACUGGAAAGGAUGCAAUGAACAAGGAUUACAUAAAAAAGGAUUCGAUUGUAUCGGUCGGACACAUGGCUCAUGGAUUCACAAUUAUUCCAUCAACAAUUAGGCGAGCUACAAUUGGAACAAGCGCACCAAGUGGCAGAAUUGGACAUCGAAAAUCUUCAUUAGCCCUAACACCAGAGGAAGAGCCAACUUUCGAAACAACAAUUGUUGAUAAAAUUCAUAAAACAACUUUUGUGACUAACAUGGUUGAUUCAUGCUUCAAAGUCUUCAAAUCGAAUUGCUUCCGCAAGUCUUCAAUCAGCUCUCAACGCAGUUCUGUUUUUCAAAUCGAUAAACGCCCAAUAAGCGAAAACAUAUCAAAAGAUAAAAAGUUUAAUACCACAGCUAACGCUACUCCGAUCGACACAGAUAAAACACUUUCAUAUGAUUGUGAUGUCGAAUAUAGCACUUUUGAAUUGGAUCCAAAUGUUAUCCUAAGACGUCAUAAUCGAUUUUAUCUUCGCUCAGUAUCUGCGACAACUAGCUGUGACGCAAUGUCUAGCGAAGAGGACGAUAAUGAGAAUCUUGACAUUUUAUAUCCAUUGCCGCGUGUUAACACUCACGAACGGGCACUUAGUGAAGAAUCCAAUCAACAAAUCACAGAUAAAAUUAACAGUGAUAAAAACAAUUCAAAAAGUUCCACAAGCAAAGACGGUCUCAAGCAUAAUGAUGGUGGAAGAGUUCGGGACAAUUCUAACUUCUUAAAAACGUUUUUCAAACGCAAAUAUAGACGAAAGAAAUGUAACGAUGGAAAAAUUCCUAACCUCAUCCCACCGAAUCCAGCUGUUAGAGUCUUGCUGGUAUUUUAUAAAGAUGAUCAUAUUUUUGAUGCCAUGGCGAGGUCGUGUGAACGACUCGGAUUCGAAUCUUUUCGUGCUAAAACAUCAGAAACUGCUUUGGAAAUGUUUCAACAUCCAGUCAAUGGUGGUUAUCAUCUUGUGAUUGUUGACAGCAGGUGUAAAAAUAUCGAUGUGGAAUCAUUUGGAAGGUCACUACGGAACUCUAAAGGAAGUCAAUACACGAUAAUAAUUGCUAUAGUAAGAAAAAGUGUUUUCGAAAAGGAUGAUACUGCCGUGCUGUCAAUGCUCGAAGUUGGCUAUAAUCGCUGCAUAAUCGAAUCUCCACAUGUGUCUGUUUGUUGUUCUGAGCUACGUCAAAUUCAACAUUCACUUAUUCGACCGCAAAAUGUCAUCGCCUCACAGCAAGCACUCUAUUCAGCGCUUCAUCAUGUUAAAGAUACAAUAAUUAUCACAGACUAUGCUUUGAGGAUACAAUACGCUAACAAAACAAUCGAACGAAUUUUAGGCUAUAAAAUUGAUGAAAUUGUUGGUCGCCCACUUCAAGAUCUCAUCAAUUCAGAUGUUUCUCUUCUUCUCAGUCAGACCAAUAGACUUAAAGAAUAUGAUGGUGUAAUAACAUUUAAUCGAAAAGCACAAGAUCAAAUAAUUAUCCAUGUUAGAGCGACACCGAUUGCAUGUCUUGGUAAAGCUACAACUCACAUCAUUAUAGCUUUAAAUCACACACAAAUAGGAGGCUAUGAGAUGGGUUUACCAUCAAUACCACAGGCGAAAGAGCCUAGAGGAUCUUUGCAUUCUAUUCGAAGGGGAAGCUUUGAUAUUCGAUCAAUCACAUCAGAUGGUUUAAGACGAACAAGUUUAGCUAAAUUAUCUUCAUUGCCAUUAGAGGCUCCCAUCACUAAAGUUUUAUCAAUCCUUGCACAAGUUCAAGAAAAUUGUUCGAAUGACGAAGCAAAACUUUUGGAUCGUGUUAUUGAAUUUUUAAAGCGUGAAGGACUUUAUAGUCCACAAAUUAAAGAGAUUCGACCUGAAGAUCCAGUGGCAACUGAUUUAAUAGGAGCAUUAUUGACACAGGGUCCAUCAAAUAACGUAUCAUCACGCCGAAGUUCAAAUGAAUCGAUUAUACGAUCAGGAAGCCGACAAUCGAGCUCUGGAAACACUGCUAUUAAGUUUAAAACUCCACCUCAAGUUUCUGAGCUUCUUUCCACAGCACUUGAUUGGGAUUUUGAAAUUUUCCGACUUGAGGAACUGACUGAUAAGAAUCCACUUGUUUUUCUGGGAAUGGAACUGCUUCGAAGAUUUGAUGUGUUCAAUACCUUUAAUUGUGAUGAAAUUACAUUCAGAUCUUGGCUAAUUGUUGUUGAAUCACAUUAUCACAGCAUAAAUACAUACCACAACAGUACUCAUGCUGCUGACGUCAUGCAAGCAACAGCAUGUUAUUUACAACAGUUAGCAAAUCGAGACUUAAAAAUUAUGGAUCGUCUUGAUGAAGCAACAGCUUUGAUUGCAUCUGCUGCUCAUGACAUUGACCAUCCUGGAAGAUCAUCUGCAUACUUGUGCAAUUCUGAUAAUUCUCUAGCAAUUCUUUACAAUGACGUUUGCGUGUUAGAGUCACAUCAUGCAGCCACUACUUUCCGACUGACUUUAUCUGACGACAAAAUAAAUAUCUUUAAGAAUUUAGAUCGUGACAUGUAUAAACUUGCGCGUUCUGUAAUUAUUGAUAUGAUUUUGGCAACAGAAAUGACCCGUCAUUUCGAACACUUGGCUAAAUUCGUUAGCGUUUUCGGCAAUGAUGUGGAAAAUAAAGAUGUGCCCAAUGAUGAGGAUAAUCAAAUGUUAAUUCGUCGCAUGCUUAUAAAAUGUUCUGACGUAAAUAAUCCAACAAGACCAUUGAAAUUUUGCGUUGAGUGGGCUCGAAGAAUUGCUGAAGAAUAUUUCACACAGACAGACGAAGAGAAAAGAAAGGGAAUGCCAAUUGUAAUGCCAAUGUUUGACAGGGCCUCGUGUUCGAUUUCAAAAAGCCAGAUUGGUUUCAUCGAGUUUAUCAUCCAAGAUAUGAUGAAUGCAUGGGAUGGCUUUAUAGAUAUGCCUGAGUUAAUUCAAUACAUGCAGUACAAUUACGACUCUUGGAAAACUUUUGAGGUGCAAGGAAUAAACACUCUCAGCGAUAUCAAACGAAAACAGAUGUCAAUCUCAAACCAGAAUGAUACCCAACAUUUUCCUAAUGUAAAAUUAGACGAAGUUAUGUGAAACUUAAUCCAGAAAUUGUAUAAUUUGAGACACUUAGAUUGAGUAAAAGAUGAAAUUCUCGGUUAGGUUCUAUUCUUAAAAGAGAUUCAACUUUAAAAAAACUAUCUAAGAUGGAAUUGAUUUUAGGAAAAGUCAACUUGAUGGGUAUUUUCGCUAAAAUUCCUUGUAUGAAUGUGCCAAUAUAAUGCAAAAUCAAUAGAAAAAACUCUAGGAUACAUUGAAUGAAAAUAUAAGUAUUUUGUGGAUGUCGUUAUUUCAUAUCUUAGAUUUCUUUUCAUUAAUUGUGAAACCUCAUGAGCUUUAACUUUUUAACAUUUUUUUCUUACAAAAAUAGUAAUGUUUUGAGUAGAUUAUAUCAAUAUAAAAAGUUGAAAAUGAUAAUCAUGAUAGAGAAGAGUCACUUCGUAAAUAUUUUUAUGUCCUUUCAUAUCAAAGAAAUCUUUUGAUUUCUCCGAAAUCUUAGAAAUAUACAUUUAUUUAUUUAAUAAUAUCUGGAACUCAUGACUCCGAAAAAACACUACAAAAAUUAAUUCUUAUACAUAUACAUAUACAAAAAAUAAUUCUUGAAUCGGAGAGUUGGAGAUGAAUAAAUAAUUUAAAAUUUAUAUUGAAAAUUGUUUUUUAAGAAUCAAACAACUGUCUUAUCUCAUAUGUAGUGAAGAAAAUUUUAAGAUGUGUUUAUAAUUUCCUACAAUUAAUAAUAUUAUGUUUUAAUUAAAUCUCUAACCACAAAAAAAAAAUUUGAAAUAUUUAUAACAGUCAAAAUGGAAAUGUAAAAAAUAUUUCUAUAACAUUUAUCCCAAUAAGUCUAAGAUAUACAUGUAGGUAGCAAAAAUAUCUACAUUUUUCAUUAUCCCAUAAUAAAUAAAUGCAUCAUUUAAUUUCACCAAGGAUACAGACUGAAACCUUCCCUUGCGUAAGCAUAUUUACUCGAGUUUUCUCGAUGGUAGAUAUAUUCUACAUUUUCAUACGAUACAUGAUCAAAAAAGUAUUUGUUGGCAUGCUUAUUUCAUCACAUUAUUGAUGAGAGACUUUACACAACCAAAAUCUUUAUAUAUUAUAUAGUUUAUUUUUUAAGUUAGAGAUAAAAUGACUAAAAUUAUCAAGUGAGAGCCAAUUCUUCUCUAGAUGAAAGAAAAGUUUACAUCUAAAUAUUUAUCUUUAACUAAAUAUAAAAUUAACAUAAAUAAUCUAUUUAGAUAAUAGAGUAAUUUUAAGAGAUGUAUGCUGGUCAUAUAUCUUUAACAUUAUAUGAAUGUAAUAAAUUCUCGAGCUUGAAUUUCUUCUUACACAUAUUCUAAGAAUUCUAGCAAAAAGAGCAUAAUUUUAAUAAAAAUAUCUUAAUUGGUGUUAUAUCUGAAUUCAUGUUAUAAACAUUGUGAUUCUAUUUAUUGAUGUGAGAAAAAUAAUUCUGACUAUUUUGCUUUUGUAUAAUUGAUAAAUAAUUUUAAAAUACUG